AAUGCCGGGCGGGGGUGGGGAAGAACAACCUCUAACCUUAACCUAGUUGCAGUGUAGAGAGAGCGAGAAAGAGUGGUCGAUCGAUCGAAUCGGAAACCAGACCAGACCAAAGAUGGCUCCCAAACCCGAAACUAUGUCCUCUUCCUCCUCGUUGUCAUCAACGGGGGCAGAUCACGGCAACUCCGGCAGCAACACACUGUCUUUUUCCUCGUCUUCCAUGGACCCCAUCUUCCACAUCCUGAGCUUCUUGCCCUACAGCUUUCUACGCGUGCCCCGUCUCCGCCUCAAGUUCCCUUCCAUCACUCUGCCCUCCGCCAUGACCGUCUACGCCCUAAUCCUUCUCACCUACUUCAUGGUCGUCUCCGGCAUCGUCUACGACGUCAUCGUGGAGCCCCCCGGCAUCGGCUCCACCCAGGACCGCCUUACCGGCUCCGUCAAGCCCAUCGUUUUCCUCCCCGGCCGCGUCAACGGCCAGUACAUCAUCGAGGGUCUCUCUUCUGGCUUCAUGUUCCUUCUCGGCGGCCUCGGCAUCGUCCUCUUGGAUCUCGCUCUCGAUCGCCACCGCGCUCACAGCGUUAAGGUCUCCUUCGCCUCCGCCGGCAUCGCCUCCGUUGUUACCUCUUAUGUCAUGAGUAUUCUCUUCCUUCGCAUUAAGAUCCCUGCUUAUCUUCGCUGAUACUCCUUGUCUGUCAAUUUUGCAGUCGGUGCUCUUAUGGGUUUACCCUUUUCCGGACUUUAUCAAGCUUUUUGUUUUUUUAUUGUUGAUUUGUGGUGUCGCUUGACUAGAUUUUGGAUUUUAAUUUUAUUGGGUUCUUCUCAGUCGGAUGGUUAAACCUCGAAUUCGUGAAUUCUGCGGAUGAUAAUUUGCUCGAGUUUGCAUGCCUAGUUAUUAGUGGGUUAUUGUUAAAUUCAAGUUUAAUAUCAUCAUUGUAUUUACAAAUUCCAUGUUCAUUACUCUGUCUUUGAUUGUUGAGUACGCGAGGAAAGAAAUUGAAACAGAACUCUUGACCUUGUUUUUCCUAUAGAAAUAAAGUUAUAGGUAAAUUCCCAAGUGAA